AUGCAAUCCCCAGGAAGCUGUUCAACAGAUUCCAGUGACUCAAACAAAUCGACAGAUGCUUUACAAACGAACAAGAAGUCGAAUGAAAAUCAAAGUUUUGAAAAAGUAUUUGACGUGAUAAAGCAUUAUGGUCGGUAUCAAGUAUUUACCUUUGUUUUGGUCCAAUAUAUUAUGUUAAACUCGGCUGGUAACUACUUGUUUAUAUCUUUUGCCACGUUGAAGCCAGAGUGCGAGAUCGAAGAGGUUAAUGUGAGUUUUUUCACUUAUUAUUCUUAUUAUUGGUUUCUUGACAUUAUAUGUUUUUUGGCAACUUUUUCUUUAUUUUAAAAAACUUUUUUAAAAUUUUUUAUAAUUUUUAAUUUUACAAUUAAAUUUUUUUUGGUCGAAAUGCUUUUAAAAUAACGUAAGACAGCAUGGUAAAUCAAAAACAAGCCAAAAUUAAUUUGAAAAAGUGCAUAAAUACCUAAAAAUAGCUCAAAAACAAUGUUUUUCUUUGUUCUUCAAUUGCAAACUCAUUUGGACUUCUUUCUCAAGAUUUUACCAGACGUGUCGGUGUAGUCGAAUAGGGAGCGCGCCGGCUUUCAAAGCGGAAGGCCAGAAGUUCGGGUCUUCAAGCUCUUUUUGCCUUUUUUCUAUUUUUUCAAAAUAGAGAAUUGGUUUUUUAAUAUCUUAACAUAAUAACCAUUGUUUUUAAGAGUUUUUAAAUUUAUUUUUACUGUUUUUAAAAAACAUUUAUAAAAAACGCCAUAUUUUUGUUUAAAAAAGGCAAAAAAUGAAAUCUUUCUUCUUUUUUUGGCAAAAAAAUAUGGUUUUGGCAUUUUUAUAACACUUUUAUUAAUAUAAAGUGUUAUUAUUCACUUUUCAUUAUGUUUUCUGGUAAUAUUAUAAUUAUAUUUAAUUAUUUCAAGGCCUCUAUAUUGACAAAAAGCUCUAUUCUAGUCGUUUUUUCAAAGAAAAUGUCAGUUAUACCUACAUUUUUGGGACAAAAAACUUACUUUUACUUAGCCUUGCUUUACGUUUUGUAAGCUUUAUCUUUCUAUAAUAUACUUUAGCUUUAAGCUCUACCUUACCUUAAUAUACUCCACCGUAUAGCAUCUUUAAAUUGGUUUAAUAUAUACAUUAUUUAGCAAAUUCCCGACGUCUGUGCAAAGAUAUCACUAUGUCCGUUGAAUCGCACCAGAAGUCCCUUCUACUCGUUAUACCAAGAUGACAGUUUUGUUUGUCCAAACAGUUAUCUACCGAAUAACAUGCAAACUCUGCAAGCAAUUGGCAGUGGUGUUGGGGCUUUACUCGGAGGACAUUUGGCUGAUGGGGUUGGGCGGUGGGUUUGAAAUUUUGAUUUUUGAAGUUUUUUUAAAAAUUUUUUAAGAUUAAAAAAUUUUUUUUGAUAUUUUGGUUUUUUCAAUUUUUCUUAAAAUCAAAUUUAUUUUUAUAUAUUUUUGAAUCUUUAAUUUCAGAAAAUGGGUAACGAACUCAGGAGCCUUUCUAAUGACAUUGUUCGGAUUUGUUGCUGGAUUCGCUCCGAAUGCCACUUGGUUGUGCGUUACCAUGUUCGGAAUGGGUUUGGCCUACGGUAUUUUAAUAGACGCUUUGAUGACAUUGACAACGGAACAAGUUGGGCCGAAAUACAGGAUUAUUCAGACGCUGGCUUUUCAAUGGACUAUUUCUAUGCAGGUGGGAUUGAUUUUAUUAAAUUUUAAAAAGGGUUUAAAUUUUUAAUUUUUUUUAAUUUUUAGAGCAAAUUUUAUCUUUAAAACUUUUUAUUUUAUGUUUACACAGCGCUUUUUCCUUGUGAAUGUAUUUGGGGCUUUUUCCAACACUUUUGCCAAACUGUCCUUGUAGUCGAAUCGGUUGCGCGCCGGCCUUUAAGAAAUGGGCGCUCAGGUUCGAAACCGGCUGCCGUUUUUGUUGUUUUUUAAUGUUUAUACUAUUUGAAAAUACUUUUUUGAGGUGAAAAUAGUAGUAGUAGAAGUUUUAAAUUUUUUUUGUAAUUUAAAACAAAUUUUUGUUGAAAAAAAGGUAUCAAAACACAAAAAAAACAACGUUAUUUUUCAAAAAAUAGCCAGUUUUUGAGUGUAAAUCUAAUGGUUUUAUAUUUAAAGUACGUUUUGUUAAUCUGUUUGUGAUAUAAAGGGUUUACAAACUCUAAACAUCAACUUUUUAGGGUUUUUUUGUUUAAAAUUUUAAUUUUUGAAAAAUUCUCCAAUUUUUUCAGCUAGCAGCCUGCAUUGCAUGGUUAGUUCGAGACUGGCGCAAGUAUUUACUGGUGAUAAACGGAGUUUGUUCUCCAGUUUUGUUAAUAAUGUACUUUUUCUGGGUGGAAUCUCCACGAUGGUUGAUUCAGAAGCGGAGGUACGAUGAAGCGGCGAAGGCGUUGAAUCGAAUUGGUUGGUGGAAUGGUAGUAAAGAAAUUUUUGACCAACAAAAACUGGUUGACAUGAAAAUCAAGGCUGAGAAAAGGUAAGAAAUGUCAUUCUUAGCCUUGCCGACCUGGUUUUAGCCCUACGCUACCUAUAGCUCUAGUUCUAGACCGGCACUUAGGCCUACAACUUAUACUUAGCCAUAAACAUGACGAUAGCCAUAGCCAUAAUCUUAGCUUUAGUUUUACUCUUAGCCUCAGCCUUGGAUUUAGCCUUAACUCUAGUUAUAACUAUGUCCCGCGUCAUAUUCUUAACCAUAGACUUGUUAAUUUAACAUUACUACCUUAAAACUUUUUUCAGAGAGCAAAUAUACUCAUUUACGGACUUGUUCACCCAUAAAAAGUUGUGUUCCUAUUCGAUUGUUAUGAUAUUCUCUGCGUUAACAGUUGAACUUUGUGGUGGAGUCAUCAUCUUUGACAUACAGGUAAGUUAGACUUAUUAAAAACUAGCCCACCUUUCACAUAAUUAAAAAAACCAGCACUUAAAAAGAUGGUUUACUAGUAUAAGAUAAUAAAAAUUUUUAGAUUUUGGCCGGAGAUCCGUUUUUGAACAUAGUACUAUACGGAGUAUUAAGGUUAUGGACACCGUUUUUCGUGGUUUUUAUUGAAACACAUUCGAACAGUGUCGGCAGGAGAAGUUUGUUUUUGUAUUCCCAAGGUAAGUACUGUAACUUUAGCCCAGAGCCCUAGCCCAGAGCCCUGGCCCAGAGUCCUAGCCGAGAGCCCUAGCCCAGAUCCCUAGCCCAGAGCCCUAGCCCAGAGCUUUAGCUCAGAGCCCUAGCCCAGAGCUCUCGCCCAGAGCCCUAGCUUAGAGCCUUAGCUAAGAGCCCUAGCCCAGAGCCCUAGCUUAGAGCCCUAGCACAGAGCCCUGGCCCAGAGUCCCAGACUUACCCUAGGCUUGGAUUUAGACUUAGUUUUAGCUUUAGCUCUAGUCUUAGAUCUAGAUUUAGUUCUAAUCUUAGCGCUAGCCCUUGUCCCGUCCUAGCUCUGGCUUUGGCCCUAGGUCUAACAUUUAGUCUUAGCUGGCCAUAGCUUUAGCUGUCCCUGUCCCUCGCUUUAGCUUACCUUCUGGUCUAGUAUAUACAGUAGUUUGCUUUAGUUCUACUCUAGCCUUCUUUCAAACUCUGCCAUGUCCUGUUACAUCCUAUUAUAAUACACCUUAUAGCCUCUUUAAACUCCAUUACUAUUUCCAAUUUUCAGCCUUUAGUAUCACCUGUUAUGCCCUAGUAAUAGUACUAGGUUUAUUCCCAGCCCUAUAUUUCUCCAAGAUCCUACGUACAGUACUAGCUAUGGGUGGUGCUAUGGUGAACUCAUCAAUUUUCUUCACCGCCUACAAACAAUACAGUAUGGAACUCUACCCCACUCUAAUGAGAGCCAUAGCCGUUGGUACGUUCGGCGUGGUAGAGAGGAUUGGGGGUGGAUUGGCGCCACAAUUAGUCAGUCUAAACUCAUUUGUUUGGACUGAUGCUGCUUUGGUCGUGGCUACGGUAAUCAUGGCCUGUUCUUGGUUAGCUGGACUGGCUAUUUUGCCUGAGACUAAGAAUAUCGACAUACCUGAUGUGGUGGAAGAGGAGAAGAAGAUUGAUGCUUAA